CGUGACCGGGGACCCAUGUAUGACGAUCCCACUCUGCCUGAAGGCUGGACCCGAAAGCUGAAGCAAAGGAAAUCUGGCCGCUCUGCUGGGAAGUAUGAUGUGUAUUUGAUCAAUCCCCAGGGAAAAGCCUUUCGCUCUAAAGUGGAGUUGAUUGCGUACUUCGAAAAGGUAGGCGACACCUCCCUGGACCCUAAUGAUUUUGACUUCACGGUAACUGGGAGAGGGAGCCCCUCCCGGCGAGAGCAGAAACCACCUAAGAAGCCCAAAUCUCCCAAAGCUCCAGGAACUGGCAGAGGUCGGGGACGCCCCAAAGGGAGCGGCACUGCGAGACCCAAGGCAGCAGCAUCAGAGGGUGUGCAGGUGAAAAGGGUCCUGGAGAAAAGUCCCGGGAAGCUGCUGGUCAAGAUGCCUUUUCAAGCUUCGCCGGGGAGCAAGGCCGAAGGGGGUGGGGCCACCACGUCAGCCCAGGUCAUGGUUAUCAAACGCCCCGGCAGGAAGCGAAAAGCCGAGGCCGACCCCCAGGCCAUCCCCAAGAAGCGGGGCCGAAAGCCAGGUAGUGUGGUGGCGGCCGCCGCUGCGGAGGCCAAAAAGAAAGCAGUGAAGGAGUCUUCUAUCCGGUCCGUGCAGGAGACCGUGCUCCCCAUCAAGAAGCGCAAGACCCGGGAGACCGUCAGCAUCGAGGUGAAGGAGGUGGUGAAGCCCCUGCUGGUGUCCACCCUCGGCGAGAAGAGCGGAAAGGGACUGAAGACCUGCAAAAGCCCCGGGCGGAAAAGCAAGGAGAGCAGCCCCAAGGGGCGCGGCAGCAGUGCCUCCUCGCCCCCCAAGAAGGAGCACCACCACCACCACCACCACUCGGAGCCCCCGAAGGCGCCUGCGCCGCUGCUUCCGCCCCCGCCCCCGCCCCCGCCCGAGCCCCAGAGCUCCGAGGACCCCGCCAGCCCCCCUGAGCCCCAGGACUUGAGCAGCGGCGUCUGCAAAGAGGAGAAGAUGCCGAGAGGAGGCUCGCUGGAGAGCGACGGCUGCCCCAAGGAGCCAGCUAAGACUCAGCCCGCGGUCGCGACCGCUGCCACGGCCGCAGAAAAGUACAAACACCGAGGGGAGGGAGAGCGCAAAGACAUUGUCUCGUCCUCCAUGCCGAGGCCAAACAGAGAGGAGCCUGUGGACAGCCGGACGCCCGUGACCGAGAGAGUUAGCUGA